GUUAUUCAACGAUAGUUAUGACCUCCCGGUUACGUGCGUUGGGUGGAAGAAUUAAUAACAUACGCACCUCAGAAUUACCCAAAGAGAAAACACGAUCCGAAGUCAUCUGUAGCGUCUGCUUUUUAGAUGGCUUGGUACAGACCUUUAAAGUUAACAAACAAGACACCGGUCAGGUUCUUCUGGAUAUGGUAUACAACCACUUGGGCGUGACCGAAAAGGAAUAUUUUGGUUUGCAGCAUGGCGAUGACUCGGUGGAAUCUCCCAGAUGGCUGGAAUCGAGCAAACCCAUCAGGAAGCAGUUAAAAGGAGGUUUCCCCUGUACCCUGCAUUUUCGAGUAAGAUUUUUUAUACCUGAUCCCAACACACUGCAGCAAGAACAAACCAGGCAUUUGUAUUUCUUACAACUGAAGAUGGAUAUUUGUGAAGGAAGGUUAACCUGCCCUCUUAACUCAACAGUGGUCCUAGCGUCCUACGCAGUACAAUCUCGCUUUGGAGACUAUGAUUCUUCCAUUCAUCAUCCAGGCUAUCUCUCCGAUAGUCAGUUUAUACCAGACCAGAGCGAUGACUUUUUAAUGAAGGUGGAAUCUCUCCACAAGCAGCACAGUGGGCUGAAACAGUCAGAAGCUGAAUCUUGCUAUAUCAACAUCGCCCGGACCCUCGACUUCUAUGGAGUAGAGCUGCACAGUGGCAGGGAUCUGCACAACUUAGAUCUAAUGAUCGGAAUUGCUUCCUCGGGCAUUGCUGUGUACCGAAAAUAUAUUUGCACAAGUUUCUAUCCUUGGGUGAACAUACUAAAAAUUUCUUUCAAGAGGAAAAAGUUCUUUAUACAUCAGCGACAAAAGCAGGCGGAAUCCAGGGAACAUAUUGUGGCCUUCAACAUGUUAAAUUACCGAUCUUGCAAAAACUUGUGGAAAUCGUGUGUCGAGCACCAUACGUUCUUUCAGGCAAAGAAGCUACUACCUCAGGAGAAGAAUGUUCUGUCUCAGUACUGGACUCUGGGCUCGAGGAACCCCAAAAAGUCUGUAAAUAACCAGUAUUGCAAAAAGGUGAUUGGAGGGAUGGUGUGGAACCCAGCCAUGCGGAGAUCUUUAUCAGUGGAGCAUUUAGAAACCAAGAGUCUACCUUCUCGGUCCCCUCCUAUUACUCCCAACUGGCGGAGUCCUCGGCUCCGGCACGAAAUCCGAAAGCCGCGGCACUCUUCCGCAGACAACCUCACCAACGAGAUGACGUACAUUACCGAAACCGAAGAUGUGUUUUACACCUACAGGGGCUCCCUGUCCCCGAAAGACAGCGAUUCCGAGGUGUCUCAGAACCGAAGCCCGCACCGAAAGAGUAUAUCCGAGAACAAUCCAGCGCACAGCUACCUGACCCAGAAGUCAUCCAGUUCUGUGUCUCCAUCUUCAAAUGCUCCAGGCUCCUGCUCACCAGAUGGCGUCGAUCAGCAGUUCUUAGAGGACUUCCACAGGGUGACCAAAGCGGGCUCCACCGAGGACUCCAGCCAGUACUACUGUGACAAGAAUGAUAAUGGUGACGGCUACUUAGUCUUGAUCCGUAUCACGCCAGACGAAGAUGGAAAAUUUGGAUUUAAUCUAAAGGGAGGAGUGGAUCAAAAGAUGCCUCUUGUGGUCUCCAGGAUAAACCCAGAGUCACCUGCGGACACCUGCAUUCCUAAGCUGAACGAAGGGGAUCAAAUCGUGUUAAUCAAUGGCCGGGACAUCUCAGAACACACCCACGACCAGGUGGUGAUGUUCAUCAAAGCCAGCCGGGAGUCCCACACGAGGGAGCUGGCCCUGGUGAUCAGGAGGAAAGCUGUGCAUUCGUUUGCUGAUAUCAAAUCUGAAGAUGAGCUGAACCAGCUCUUCCCGGAGGCCAUUUUCCCUGUGUGUCCAGAGGGUGCGGACACUUUGGAGGGAUCCAUGGAACAGCUAAAGAAGGGCCUCGAAAGCGGGACAGUGCUGAUCCAGUUCGAGCAACUCUACAGAAAGAAGCCCGGGUUGGCCAUCACAUUUGCAAAGCUGCCUCAAAAUUUGGACAAAAACCGAUAUAAAGAUGUGCUGCCUUAUGACACCACCCGGGUAUUAUUGCGGGGAAGCGAAGAUUAUAUUAACGCGAGUUAUGUGAACAUGGAAAUUCCUUCUGCUAACCUUGUGAACAAGUACAUUGCCACUCAGGGACCCCUGCCACAUACCUGUGCACAAUUCUGGCAAGUCAUCUGGGAUCAGAAGUUAUCACUCGUCGUCAUGUUGACGACUCUCACAGAGCGAGGGCGGACCAAAUGUCACCAGUACUGGCCUGAUCCUCCCGACGUCAUGGAACACGGCAGCUUUCACAUCCGGUGUCAGUCAGAGGACUGCACCAUCGCUUACGUGUUCCGGGAAAUGCUGGUCACGAACACCGAGACCAGAGAAGAGCACACUGUGACGCAUCUCCAGUACGUCGCGUGGCCUGACCAUGGCGUGCCCGAUGACUCCUCAGACUUUCUGGAAUUUGUAAACCAUGUGAGGUCCCUGAGAGUGGACGGUGAACCUGUGUUAGUUCACUGCAGUGCUGGAAUAGGUCGAACCGGCGUGUUGGUCACCAUGGAAACAGCCAUGUGCCUAAUUGAGAGAAACCUGCCCGUUUACCCACUGGAUAUUGUCCGGAAAAUGCGAGACCAGCGUGCCAUGAUGGUGCAGACGUCAAGCCAGUACAAGUUCGUGUGUGAAGCGAUUCUUCGUGUUUAUGAAGAAGGCUUAGUCCAAAUGCUGGAUCCCAGUUAAGACAACUGUGAAAUGUUCAUUCCUCUCUCCCAAGCGCAUCCUCCUUAAGGACAGACCUUCUUCUCUCUGGAAGCACCAAGAGGGAUCUGUAGGCUGUGGGAAAGGAAUGAGCACAUUUGAACCCAGGCACUUUAAAUUUCUGUAGAAAAGCUAUCGUGUACAUAGGAACUGUGUACAUACGCAUGCAGUCAUAGUGUCGCUUAGGCCCGUUGUUCCUCCAGAGAGAAACAAGCCAACGGAGAUCUCAGUUUGGGGCCUGUCUGAAUGCGUUCCUCCCCAGACAUUACCGCGUUCCUGUAAACCACCCUUGGGCAAUCGAAAGGGGACGCCAGCAGUGCUGUUGACCUUCCAGAAACAAGAUGGUGUGGCUAUUUCGAGUUGCUGGGAUGUUUUGUGUGUAUAUGUGUGUAGGAUGCUAAGGUCUGAGCUUUCCGUGCUUCUAGGUGGAGCUCGAACAGUUAGCGUUCACCCCCGCCCCAAUGCUAAGGAGACCCUGUAAAUGUACUGAAAGGCAGGGUGCUGGCAUUUCAGGCUGAAGGACCAGCAGGACCUUUUUCUGCCCUCCCUCCCUUUGUCUUAUCUCCCCGCCCCUUCCGAUAUUUGUGUGUCUGAGAAUCGUGUCCACGAUGCCCGCUUCCUCCCUGCGUGAGUGACCCUCCUCAGGUUCACACGCAGUGCCUGAACCGGGUGAGUAACAUAGGUUCGGGGGAGUUCUCAGUUGAGACUCGGAGAACAAGGACUCCUAAGGAGGUGGUGUCUUGUCAUCUCGUGGGUUAGUUUCAGGAGCGAGUGCUUCUUGCCUCUGCUCGUCUCUUGCUGUACGUUCAGAACCCAAGACUGGAAUCAUCGACUACUGAAUCUACGACAUGGAUUGCUGCUACUUCAAGCUAUUACACUUGAAACAUUAUGCUUUUCCUGAGGGGAGAUGGGAUAUCAUCUACAUAUUUAGAAUCUUUGGCCCUUCUGAGGAAAGAUCUUCUAGUCAUUGAACCAUGGGAAACCCAGCUUCUGGGGGUUUGUCCGUGGAUGUGUGUGUGUGUGUUUGUGUGUUUGCGCGUGCGCGCACCCAUGGUUGAGUGUUUCUCAGGAUUACUAACUUGAUUCAAAUUACAGUUGAGUUUAUAUAAAGAAUGAGUCUCUGUAUAGAAGAACAAAUGUGUGCAUUCACCCUCAGUUACAAUGGUCUCCAUUUCAUUUCAAAGGAGAGGAUCAGACUAUCUGGAUAUAAACACAAUUUGAUGUUAAUUUAUUCUAAGUACACCAUGAUUUUGAUUGUCCUAAAGAAUUCUGCCUUUGUUAAUACUGUGUUAAACUUUUUAAAAAUUUAUGGCAGAAUCGUGGCAAAUUAUUAUUUAAGGAAAAUAAAUUACAUAAAAAUUUUAAUGUGGUAUUUUUAAAUAGCAGUUUUUAUGUAUCCAGAAGAGGAAGCUAAGCCAGUGUCUUAAAGGGAUUUAUAGAAAAAGGAGGCUUUUAUAUUAUGGUACACAGAAGUGAAGCCAUUUUGAUGUUUAGCAAACUCGGGACCAAUUGAGUAGUUUCCUGGUUACAAGAGGGAUAAAGACCUAUAUGAUGGGGGCCAGGUUUCUAAAGGUUGUUUAUCUCCAGAUCUAGCACAUUUACUUGCAUACUUCCCAUCUUUUCCCCACCAAUAUUUUACUGCUGAAAUGGCAGGGGUGGGAGGGAGGUGUUACACAGUGCUGUGUCCCCAUACUGUGAAACAGACCACCUAUGCCCCAUCCUGGACGUAGUGUGAGGCAAGCAAAAUGAAGCACGGAAGUUUGGAGCCAAGCAGUAGAAGAUUUGGUUCCUGGUCCCAUAACUAGCUCUAGGCCUAGUCACUAAGAACACUACCUCUAUUUCGUCAUCCAUACAGUAGGAAAAAUAAUACGGAGGACUUUAGGCUAAAUAUGAGAUUGAAUAAAAUCGUGCUAUCACUGUGAAUUUUCAUCAGCUGGAAUCCAACACUGCUGUGGAUGAGUUACUUGGAAAAGUUAACUUAUCAGUGAUUAGCCCAAAAACCCAUGAAACAGAAGUAGACUCAUACGAGUUUUUAUAAGAUAAAAUUGCUUUUCUUCUAGAGAGAACCAUGAAGCAAAAAGGAAUAUCAUGCCAGUACCUUUGUUCAAUCUGGACUCAGAAAAAUUCUA